AUAAGUAAAUAAUCGGAAAGCUUACAGUACCCGAAGAUCAGAAUAAAAUUUCCAGUGAAAGUAUUAAGACAAUUUCGUAUAUUCAAUAUUUACUAUUAAUUUUUAUUUGACAUUCAGUAUGUCGAAAUUAUAUUUGACCCUAUUGAUCUCUUUAGGAGUUCUGGAAAUAAGUUCAGCUUAUCAAGGCAUCGGUGGAACACGUUUUAUGUGUCGAGACAUCAUACGAACAUGUUUUGCGGAAAUAAAUGAAGAUUUCAGCCUUCCUGAGUUAGCACACAUGUUGCCAACUACAGAGGAAUUUACACGCAUGUGCCCAUUGCUGAGAAAGGUCUUCUACUGUAUACGCAAAAAAACAAGAGAAUGCAACAAGAGCAGCCUAGAAGAGAUAGCGAUAGAGGAUGAAUAUAAACGAUCUAUUCAGUUUAUCAUGUAUAACGAAGCUAUCGUGGACUACAUGUGUGAUGAUUUACUCAGAGCAAAGAUAAAAACUAUCGAAUCUUGCGAUGAAUGUAUGGCGGAAUUUGCGGCAGGAUUCGAACCAUUUAAUAUCUUACCUACUGAAGAGGAUAUCAGAUACUUGUGUCCAAUAAAGCUUCGACAAUAUAAAUGCAUCCAUAAUAAGAAAUCAUCAUGCUCUCGAAGCCCUCCCACAGAAGACCUGAUAAAAGCAGAAGCAGCUAAACAACAUGGUGAGGAAAGCAUCGUCAAAGAAUUAUGUGAUGUACGCAGUACACUUCACCGAAAUUACAUCAAAACUGUUCCUUGUGCAAAUAAUUACUUAAAAAAAUUUGGAGAGAACUGUAUAGAAGAAGGAAGAGAUGAGUUUCGCAAAUUUCUGCAAAGCGGAAAUACUUCUGAUGUAAAUCCUCAGUGCCUAUCACUAACAUACGCUGUCGGCUGCAUGGCGGAAGGUCUUCAGGAUGCAUGCGGUAAAGCUGCUCGGAUAACUUUUAUGGAAAUUUUACAAAGAACCAGAAUUUGGGAAUUUGAUAUCUGUCCUCGUGAAGAUUAUAUCCAAUCGGGAAAAUUGAUGUUCUUUAACUACUUGAAUCUCAGCGGAAAACGGCGGAAAAUUUUUAAAGCGGCGUUUCAGUUGUGAAGGAAAAAGAAAACAAUUUUGGAGAGUCAAUGUAAAAAGAAAAGUUUACUGAUUUUUGGAUUUAACCUUCAACUACAGUGUUUCCUCCUAAAAUUUAUAAUAAUGUUUCAAAUGCUUUAAAUGAUAGCUCUCAUUAAAAUAUAAUCAUGAUUAAAAAUAAUCAAAAAAAUUUCGAAAUGUACUUAUGCUUAAGUACUUAUCAGGAUUAUGCUAACAGGAGUCAUUAAAUUUAUAUUCCACAUG